AUGGCGCCGUCCAGGAGUCCCUUGCUUUCUUUAAUGUUAUUUGUGCUAUUGUUGUGGGGGACUCCGGGGAUCCAAGGACUUUGGAGAAAUGUGAGGACCAUCACGGACAAGAACUGGAAGGAGCUGCUGCAGGGGGAAUGGAUGAUUGAAUUUUAUGCUCCAUGGUGUCCUGCUUGUCAGAAUCUUCAGCCAGAGUGGGAAGAUUUUGCUGAGUUGGGGGAAGAUCUUGAGAUUAAUAUUGCAAAAGUAGAUGUCACAGAGCAGCCAGGUAUGGUUACUCCAUUUAUAUUUGCUUUUCAAUAUAUAUUGUUGUACAUUUUUAUGAAACAUUAUUUGUUACAAUAUUAUUUAAAAAUGAAGCCAGGAAUCCCAGACUGGGCCUGUGGAAAGGAGGCUGAUGAAAGGGGAGACCUGAAUCUUUUUGCUAGAAGUUCAGAAAAACUACUUCCAGAAUCUGCUCGUCUUUUGAAAAAAUUGGAACAAGACCAAGAAGCAGAUGAAGAAGAUAUUUCAGAUGAUGAGCUGGAGAAUGAAAAUCCAUCAAAAAAAGACUUUUCACAGACUGCAAUGAGACAACGCAUUGUUAGCCCUCUUUCAGUAGUGGAUAAAUCUUAG